GGAGUCGUUACGUAUUUGUGUGUCUUCCGGUCGUCAAAAGGUAAAUACUCUCAAGGUAUCUUGAAGCACUUUGGGAGCAGUGGCGUGUCUUUGAUUUGGGAGAGAAGCGAGCUGUUCCCCCUACUCCACAAAUCAGCACACAGUGAGACUGGGGGCCAGGCUGCAUGAGGCACUUUUCUGAGCACGGAGAGAAGUCCAAGCCCAGGCUGAAGAUGGUCUGAUGGACCGACGCUUCUUGCUGACCUUCGCCUUCUGCUCGGUCGCGUGGAUCCUCUUCUGGGAAGUGCGCUGGAAGAAAGGGAAGGAGAGUCAGAUAGAGGAAUGGCUACAAGGGCACAGCCUUUCCGAAUACAAGCACUUAUUUGAAGAUGUGCAGACCCUGGAGGAGCUGAGCCUCAGCAUUCUGACCCGACUGAAGGAGGUGGUGCAGGAGCGGAGGCUCCGGCGGGACAUUGCAGAGGCCCACAUCCAGCUCCUGCGAGACUUCGCCUUCCAAGAGUGGCUCUGCUCCCAGAGCUUGGAGCACUACUACCACACACUGAAAACCCUGGGCUGCACGAACCUCGAUGAUUUAGCCCAGUUUGAUAGUCAGCUGCAGCUCUCUCUGGCUGCCUGGGGGUACUAUUACGAGGACUACGUAAAACUAUCCACUGGCGCAAAGGUCCUCCAGGCCUCUAGGGGGAGCCGUGACCAGGAAUACGAAAUCCAGCUGGUGCACAGCCUGGCGGAGAGACGCCUGAAUGAGAAGUGGUCAAUUGCAGGAGCUCUGAUAUUUGGCUGUACUGUGGCGCUGUGCUUCCUGAUACGGGACCUCAUGUUUUACGUGAUUGGUGGAAUUACUGUUUCCAUCAUUGCGUUCGUCUUUACCAUCAAGUUCCUGUGCGAGCUCGCUGCACGAGUGGUUAGCUUCCUGCAGAAUGAGGACCGCGGGCGACGGGGUGACCGCAGCAUCUACGAUUAUGUGCGGGGCAACUACCUGGACCCGCGCUCCUGCAAGGUGUCCUGGGACUGGAAGGACCCACAGGAAGUGGGCCAGACCAUGAGCUUCAGGGUUCAACUCUUCUAUAAAAAUGGUCAGCCGUUUCCCGCCCACCGCCCUGUGGGGCUCCGGGUCAACAUCACGCACAUCGAGCUGGCCCUGGACAUCCCCGUCACCCAGGAGGUCCUGCAGGAGCCCCAAUCCAACGUGGUCAAAGUGGCCUUCACCGUGCGCAAGGCCGGCCGCUACGAGGUCGCCGUCAAGCUCGGCGGCCUCAACGUGGCCUACAGCCCCUACUACAAGAUAUUCCAGCCAGGAACGGUUGUUCCGUCAAAGACGAAAAUCGCGUACCACUUCUCCACCCUGGUGCUCACCUACGGGCAGCAGCACACCCUGCAGAUUGAGCCUCGCGAUGAGUACGGCAACCCCACCAGUAACUCCACCUCACUCAAUGAUGAGGUCAACUAUAGUGUGCGUGUCCACCCGUUGGGCACGCAGGACGAUGAGAGCGCGGAUGAGUACUACAGCAAGGCGGUGUCCUCCAAUAAGCAGAUGUGCCAGGUGCUGCUGCGCCUCACCCUCAGGAAGAAGGGCUGCUUCCGGGCCUGCAUCUCCUACCAGAACCAGCCCCUCAGCAAUGGAGAGUUCGACAUCAUCGUGCUGAGCGAGAACGAGAAGAACUGCGUGGAGAAGAACGUGUCCACCCCAGGCAUCAGCAUCUACUUUGAGGCAUACCUCUAUAGCACGGGAAACUACAGCACCUCUUCCUGGCAGCUCCCCGCAUCCUCUCUGCUGGCACCCCAGAGGCGGCCUUCCACAGCAGACGAGGAAGAGGAGCGGGACUCACCUGUGGAGGGCCAGCCCGAGAAGGUCAAGAAGCCAAAAAAGGUCUACUGCUACAUAUCGCCAAAGCAACUCUCAGUGAAGGAAUUUUACCUGAAAAUUAUUCCAUGGCGCCUUUUCACCUUCAGAGUCUGCCCAGGGACAAAGUUCACAUACUAUGGCCCAGACCCCAUUCACAAAUACUUGACUUUAGUGGUGGAUGAUGGGAUACAGCCACCGGUGGAGCUGAGCUGCAAAGACAGGAACAUCAUGGCCGCCACUUUCAUCCGCUUCCUGCACAAGAACAUUGGAGGUUCGGAGACCUUUCAGGACAAAGUGAGCUUCUUCCAACGUGAGCUCAGGCACAUGCACUCCAAGCGCCCCCGUACCAAGACCUGCCUGAAGAUCGUUCGUCACGCCCUCCUGGACUCUUCUCUGAAGGCCACCAGGAACUUCUCAGUGUCGGACUGGAGCAAGAACUUUGAGGUGGUGUUCCAGGAUGAGGAAGCUCUGGACUGGGGUGGACCACGCAGGGAGUGGUUUGAGCUCAUCUGCAAGACCUUAUUCGACACGUCCAACCAGCUCUUCACACGCUUCAGUGACAACAACCAGGGCUUGGUGCACCCGAAUGCAGACCGGCCGGCCCACCUGAGGCUGAAGGUGUAUGAAUUUGCCGGCAGGGUGGUGGGGAAGUGCCUAUACGAGUCAGCACUGGGUGGAGCCUACAAGCAGCUGGUCCGUGCCCGGUUCACCCGCUCCUUCCUGGCUCAGAUAAUCGGCCUCAGGAUGAACUACAAGUACUUUGAGACGGACGAUCAGGAGUUUUACAAAACGAAAGUCUGCUUCAUCCUAAACAAUGACGUCAGUGAGAUGGACCUGGUGUUCGCAGAGGAGAAGUACAGCAAAUCUGGACAGCUGGAGAAGGUAGUGGAGCUGAUCUCAGGAGGGGCACAGAUUUCGGUGACCAAUGAGAAUAAGAUGCAUUAUCUCAACCUCCUUGCUCAGUACAGACUGGCAAAUCAGGUGCGAGAGGAGGUGGAGCAUUUCCUUAAAGGGUUAAAUGAACUUGUUCCAGAGAACCUCCUGGCCAUAUUUGAUGAGAAUGAACUGGAGCUCCUGAUGUGUGGCACCGGGGAUAUUAAUGUGCAAGACUUCAAAGCCCACGCAGUGAUAGUCGGGGGCUCAUGGCACUUCAGGGAGAAGGUGAUGAAGUGGUUCUGGGCCGUGGUGUCCAGCUUCACCCAGGAGGAGCUGGCGCGCCUGCUGCAGUUCACCACUGGCUCUUCCCAGCUGCCCCCAGGAGGGUUCAACACGCUCUGCCCCUCCUUCCAGAUUAUCGCUGCCCCCACCCACAGCACCCUGCCCACCGCACACACCUGUUUCAACCAGCUGUGCCUCCCCACGUACGACUCGUAUGAAGAGCUGCACAAGAUGCUGAAGCUGGCCAUCAGCGAGGGGAGCGAGGGCUUCGGCAUGCUGUGACCUGGAGGUGGGGGGUGUCCCACGGCCAACAACAGGGCCCCGGCCGCAAAGGGGCCUCGCCGCGCGCCGCAAAGGGGCCCAAACGUGGCCCCGGCCCCCGGCACCUCCGCCACCCACUCGCCCCAGACAUCCCAGAGUCCUCCACCGAGAGGAAGCUGUACAGGAAGUUUUAGAGUGCACUGGCAUUCCAGGUGUAGACUGACACUGUGUAUAUAUGAUUUUUUUUUCUUUUUUUUUUUGUACUGAGGGAAAAAAAAAAAAGAAGCUAAUUGAAUUAAAUACAGUACAGUGGACUUUUAAUCUAGAUGUAGAGAAGCUUAGGUUUUAUGUUUGCGGGGGACCUUAAGGUGCAGUGAUGGUCUAGUGAGCUUUUUUUAUUUCUGAAAUGCACCAUAUUAGGCUUCUGGCAUAGCUUUGACAAAGCAGACCUAUGAGCUAUGUUUCAGACCAAGUAGCAGUUUCCAUACAGUGCGGCUAUAUUGUACUCCCAUAGCACUUUGGCCUUAACUGAUCAGGGAAGGACGUGUAUAUAUUGCUCUUAUUUAAUUAAAGUGUGUAAAUAGUUAAGAGUUAUACACUGAGGUCCACAUCUUAUAAUUUGAUAUUGAAGGAUAAGGGACUGAAAGCAAUGGGGAAAAUGUAAGAAAAUGAGUCUAGGUUUGAUUUUUCUUUUUUUUUCUUUUUUUUUUUUUUUUUUUCAUCCGUAAAUCUAGUUUGCCAGUCACUGUCUUGGACCGAUAAGGGUGGCAGGGUGACUGGCAAUGUGAAGCUCGGUACAGGGACUGCUUUUCAAUGCAAGUCUUUUUUGACUUAGUUUUACAUUUAAGGAAACCAACGGCAAAGGCUCAGCUUUAAAAAAUGUGUUGCACACUUGUAUUGCCAUUACCUUUUAUCGUUACAAGCUGAGGUUGAUUCUGAAGCCUUUGUUUGUGUUCAAGUUUGUUGUUUUUUUAAUUCAGACCUGCCUUAUUUUAGCCUCUGCCUCCUGUUAUACUGAGACAUAAGCACAUUUGAAUGGUAGGGACGUUAUUGUUGUGAUAUCGUUUUUUUGUUUUGUUUGUUUAUAUAUUUUUCGUUUUUGACUGGCGAACAAGCGCAGUUUGAAAUGUAAAUGCAACAAAAUAUUAAUAUAAAGCCUAAAGCUAGAAAGCUCACUCAUUUCAGGCCCCAGACGUACAGGUUGUUCACCCCCAAGUGUGGGUUUACCUCAGUUUCUGGACUUUUCCUGUACAUCCAAAAGGUCUCAAUGGUGAGAUUUUCAUCGUCUCUUUGGGGUGUUCAUCUCGGUGUAUUAUAUUCAAAGGUAUAUAUAUACAUAGCACGUCUGGCUUCAGCCAAGGGAUUUUAAGACAGGAUACUAAGAGUGGACUGCGACUGUUGUCUUUCUCUCCGAGUGAUUUUAGUGACCAAGACUUGAGUUUGAAGGAGUUGGGAUUGUUUUAUACUUGAUGGCAAAGACUUCAGGGUGCCGAUUUGCUUGUAGAAGCUUUCGCUACUCGUUUACCUCUGACCAUAGACGCAUGCGGUCAUAAUUCUGUAGUUGACCCUCGGAUGGAAGUGAACGGUGGCCAUUUUACCGCAUAGACUGUUGACAGUGCUGAAUAUCCAGAUGUAGAAUAAUUGCGUUUUAUUAAGAACACAAAAGAACAUUAAUCAUUGUAUGUAUAUAAAAAUGUAUUCAACAUGAAAGAUAUGUGUAUAGUUGACGAUAUGUGCAAAUGCAUUGGAGAGGAGGUUGCGCUAACCCCGUUUCACUCUUAUUCUCUGCAGCGAGUGUACUGAAGCAUUCCCAUAAAGCAACUGUAGUGGCCUGAUUCUGCCGAACUAGCUGGAGUUCCUUAUCAAUGUUGCGCUUGAUCUACACACUAAGCUCAUUUCUCUGUGUCCAAACCCCUCUUUUAAUCUAGACAAUACUCUGAGGCCAGCUUUCCAUUUUUCACAUGAACUCAAGGGGAUAAUGAUUUCAGAAAUGUUCAAAUUCUGCUAUGAUUUAAUACCUAAAAAAUGCAGUUUGUUUGCUUCCGGCGAUCACUUUUCAUAAACUUUCCGAUAUGAUGGAUUAUUUAAGAUAUUCAAGUGUUGGUGAUGUUAAUAAUUGUGCUGCUAGCUACCGAAUGUAGGCUAGGUAAAGCAUAUGUGUAGCAUGGUAAGGAUUAACCUACUGUAUGUUAACAGUGUUCCCAAACACAUCAGGGUGUAGUUGUAUCUUUUAUUUUACUUCAAGGGUGUCGAGACUAAUUCAGUCGAGGUGUUAAUGAAUGCUGAAAAUGUCCAUGUACUUAAUGCACUCGUUCCUUUGUAAAAACAAAUUACAAACCUCCAUUAAUGGAAUGAAUACACAUUGUGCAGGCAGCAAAGUAUGAGAGUCUGUACUGUGUACAUUAAAAUAAGAAUUGAUCGGUGAGAUCUGGAGUACAGAAAGUGAGGGAUAUUCGUGUCCAUGAAAGAGAAUGCUGUUAUGGUUCAGGCGGUAGUGCUGAAUUGUGACGUUUUUUUAAUUUAUUUUUUAUUUUUUAUUUUAUGGCUUUCAUACAAAGGUCCUCCUUUCCAUGCUUGAGCGUAUUUUCAUUAUUUGGAAAGCUCCGUUGGUAGUGGGAUGGUGGGUUUGGGAUGUGUUUGUAAGUCCUGUAAAUACUGUGAAAUAGUUCCUUAUGGUUUGGAGGUGUGAUUUUCUUUUUUAUGAUGUUUAGAGAGAUGUGCUGGGCCAUCUCCAAUGAAUGUCCAGAUUCACUGCACUGUUACACUGUUUCUGAUGGCCCAGGCACCUCCCCUGUUCUUUAUGGGACAAAUAAAACAAAGUAAACAGUG